UCUAGCGUCAGAGUGACGCCUCUUCGCAUAGGAAGACAAUCUUCGACGUCCGAGUAAAGGUGGGGCGCGCAGUCAACUGAUCAACUUGUAAAAGUUUGACUUGGCACGUUUCUGUGGGAACUACGAGAAAACACGUCCGCGGGUCUCCUCUGGUCCUUACUGGUGUCCUCUUGUGGUUUCUCCAGGACUCGGGGUUGACCCCUCGCAGACCAGAGUCAUGUCCUCUGGUAAGAACAAGAACCAGAGCUCUCUGGUCCUCCAUAAGGUGAUCAUGGUGGGCAGCGGCGGCGUGGGGAAGUCCGCUCUCACCCUUCAGUUCAUGUACGACGAGUUUGUAGAGGACUACGAGCCCACCAAGGCCGACAGCUACAGGAAGAAGGUGGUGCUGGACGGCGAGGACGUCCAGAUCGACAUCCUGGACACGGCGGGGCAGGAGGACUACGCCGCCAUCAGAGACAACUACUUCCGCAGCGGCGAGGGCUUCCUUCUGGUCUUCUCCAUCACGGAGCACGAGUCCUUCACGGCCUCAUCGGAGUUCAGGGAGCAGAUCCUGAGGGUGAAGGAGGAGGACGCCAUUCCUCUCCUCCUGGUGGGGAACAAGUCGGACCUAGAGGACCGGCGGCAGGUUUCUGCUGACGAGGCAGCGGCAAAAGCCAGCGAGUGGGGCGUCCAGUACGUGGAGACAUCAGCCAAGACGAGGGGAAACGUGGACAAGGUCUUCUUCGACCUCAUGAGGGAGGUCCGGAAGAAGAAGAUGUCGGAGACGAGACAAGACGGGCCGAGCGGGAAGAAGAAGAAGAAGCACUGCUGCGUCCUUUAACCUGGAGGAGCAAGGAGCGCUCCGACAGAUGCUCCUCAGCUCGUCGUCAUGGCGCUGGCUUCUCUUGCUUCCUGUGAUGCGGCCUCUUUAUUUAGCCUCUCUAUGAUUAUGUCCUCACAUUCCCGACGUCUCUGACACGCCUCCUUUUUUAUGAGCCAGCGUGUCAUUUCUAAGCAGGUUUCAAAGGGAAUCUAUUUAAAUCACCUGUAUCAUAUCGUACCCGUUCGCUGUGUUUAUUUAUGACUUUUGGUCUUUGGUUUGGGGAACUCAUUGUUUGUGUUGGUGUUGGCAGGAAGACCUCCUUCCUGUCCAUUUGAUAAUAAAAGCUCCUCCUGUCACUGA